AUGCAUAAUCUGCCCCUCAAUUGUGUUAAACCCUUUGAAAUGUGUGGCAAACAAUGUGUGACAUUCAGGGGUAGAUCGGGUGCUGUCCACGUGUUGUCCGCCUAUUGUUCACAUUUGAGCGCAAAUCUCGGUGUCGGCGGACAUGUGGUGACUGAGUCAGAGUCGGGCGACGACUGUAUUCAGUGUCCAUUCCAUGGCUGGAGGUUUGGCGGAAAGGAGUCUGAGUUAAAUACAGUGAAAGCUGUGGUAAAGAAAUGGCAGACAAUAGAGAAGAAUGAAGUGAUAUAUGUUUGGCACCACUCGGAGGACUCGGUCCCCAAUCAUAAUCUCCAGGAUUUUCUCGGAAACAACUAUCGGAGUUCUUUUAGACCUAUAGCUAUCCAUAAGUGUAUCACAAACACAAACAAUAAGCCCGUCAGUGGACACGCACUGCCGCCGAAUUGCAAAUACCGGUACGAAUACUUCGGAUGCAAUGAAUGGUUGGCCGGCAAAGACCUGAUGGACACUCACUUCCGACUCCCAUCUCUAUGCAAAAGGCGAUCACUUUUGACCACACAUUUGACGCCAAUUAUGACAAAAGCAAAGACCCGAACGCUGGGCAGAAGACAAUGA